GGCCCCGGGCGGGGCGGCGCUGACGCCAUCGCGGUGCGCGGCGGCGGCGGGGCCGGUGUCGGUGUGUGUGUGUGCCUGUCUGUCGGUCUCUGUGCCGGUCCCGGUCCUAGCCCAUGGCCGCGGCGGAGCCGGUGGCGGCGCGGAAGCGGCGGCCCAAGGGGCACUUCGCGGCAGCGAGGGCCAAGCGGCCCCGCGGCAGCGGGCGGCAGCUGGAGGCCGGCAUGCGCGGCAUCCUCAUCACCUGCAACAUGAACGAGCGCAAGUGCGUGGGGGAGGCCUACAGCCUGCUCGGCGAGUACGGGGACCUGCUCUACGGCCCCGAGCAGUUUUCAGAUCCUGAGGAGCGGCUCUCUGGAAGUGAGAAGGAAGAGGAUGAGGAUGACGUUGAGGCUGCCCUGAAGAAGGAGGUUGACCAGAUCCGCACCUCGACAGAGCAGAAGCUGCGGCGGUUCCAGUCGGUGGAAAGUGGUGCCAAUAAUGUGGUCUUCAUCAGGACCCGGGGCAUAGAACCUGAGAACCUGGUACACCAUAUAUUAAAGGACAUGUAUGCCACCAAAAAGAAGAAAACAAGAGUCAUUCUGCGCAUGCUGCCCAUUUCUGGAACUUGCAAGGCUUUUAUGGAAGAUAUGAAAAAAUACACGGAAACAUUUUUUGAGCCCUGGUUUAAAGCCCCUAAUAAGGGUACUUUUCAGAUUGUUUACAAAGCUCGUAAUAACAGUCAUAUGAGUAGGGAAGAAGUAAUUAAAGAAUUGGCAGGAAUUGUGGGCAGCCUCAAUCCAGAAAACAAAGUUGAUCUUAACAACCCACAGUAUACAAUUGUGGUGGAAAUAAUAAAGAAUGUCUGUUGCUUGAGUGUGGUGAGAGACUAUGUUCUAUUCAGAAAAUACAAUCUACAAGAGGUAGUGAAGAGCAACAAAGAAGAUGCACAACAAAACCCAUCAACCGUGACAGAAGAACAGAACUUGACGGUAGUAAAACCAGAAACCGAAGAGGAAAAGAGCUCAGAAGUAAAACAAGAGAAUAAGAGUGAAGGUGAAAUACAAGCUGAGUCCAAGGGGAAUGAUACGCUGACAGUGUAGAAAAUGUAGAAAGAUCAACACGAUGGAAACCUAUUAAAAAUGUUGCCCUAGAGUUCUGUCAGUGUGUUUUAAGGAGGAGAGUGGGUUUUGUUUUGAAAUCUUGGUUUUAAAAUCCAUAUGUGUAAGAAUUUUAAUGUUCACUGCAGGUGGAGCUGACUUUAUACUGCAGAUGUGAGAGUGCUUCACCACUGGUGAAGUUUGCUGUCAUUCUUCUACAGCUUGGUUCUGCAUUGCUUUUUGUUAGCACAGAAGGCAGGUGUAUUUGCAUACAUAGAUAAAUGCCACCAACCCAACACAUAUUGACCCUGUUUUGUUGUAUCUGAUGACUACAGAAAUGAAAGGCAGUGCAGAAUCAACUCUGUCAGGAAGUAUUGACAGAAGUGAGAAAAAAGAAGAGGGUUGCUUGCAGAGAGUUUCUAGGGAAGUGAUCUGACCAUUUGUGUGACUGCAGAACUCAUAUAUUUUUCUAUGUGAACAGCAGAAUGAGCUGAUCCUUUCCUGUAUGAGGGAAGGUUGUAAAUAUACAUCCCUCUACAAGGACAUGCAAAGUCUUGAAAGUGUAUUGGAAGAGCCGCUAUGAUCAAAAUACUUGAAUACUAUGAGAGAAUUUAGAAUAAUAGAUUUGACUGUUCUACAACAGUAGAAGUAUGGUGCAGGCAUUGCAGAUGGCUUUAGCAAGAGCUACAUGUGUGUUUACAUUAGCUGUGUAUACAGCAAUUACUGGCUUAUAGCAAAUGCUGUAUGUGGUCACUGAACAGAAUCCUUUCCAGUAUUUUCUUGCAAACAGACUUUUGCUGCUCUUUCCAAAGACAUAAUCUUUGGGGUGGGGGGGGGAGGGAAUACUGGGAGGGGGUUUUAGAAGUCUUUGUUCUUACUGUUUUCUUAAGUUUCAAAAAUUUGGAUUUAAAAACUGCUUGGAAAUUUUUAAUGAAAGAAGCUCUCCAUGAUACCAUAUUGGAUAAGGGGAAAUAAAUUUAAUUUUUGAUACAG